GGCUAACUCACUGGCACUGAAACACAGUUUAAGCUUAGCCCGUAAAACAAGAAUAAAAUAAUCCCCAAUCCACGACUCUUAUAUAAACACACCAAACACACCUCCGCCCACUCAGUCUCAUCUAAACACACACACUCUGAACACACAGCAGCAACAAUGGCGGCGGCGGCUACUUCAUUUUCACCCUCCUCCAUUUCAACCACUUGCUCAUCGACCAAGGCUUUGAAGCCUGAAUCCAAAACCCUAGCGUUCCCUCUCGGCUUUCUCGCUUCAAGCGCUUCCAGAACCGCGAUAAAUUCGCUCAAGGCUCGGGUUUCGGGUAAAGGGUUCGGGUCGGGUCUUGGAGCUCGGAUGGUGUCGGCGCCGUCGAUUAAUGUUCCUCCCGCUAUUCUUGAUUUCGAGACUUCCGUGUUUAAGAAAGAGAAGAUUUCUCUUGCUGGUCAUGAAGAGUAUAUUGUGAGGGGAGGAAGAGACUUGUUCCAUUUGUUGCCGGAGGCGUUCAAGGGUAUUAAGCAAAUCGGUGUUAUCGGUUGGGGUUCUCAGGGCCCUGCUCAAGCCCAGAAUUUAAAGGAUUCUCUUGUAGAAGCAAAAUCUGAUAUUGUGGUCAAGAUAGGUCUGAGGAAGGGUUCUCGUUCAUUUGCUGAGGCCCGUGCUGCUGGAUUUACUGAAGAGACUGGUACCUUAGGAGAUAUAUGGGAGACUAUAUCCGGCAGUGACUUGGUCUUGCUCUUGAUUUCUGAUGCAGCCCAGGCUGAUAACUAUGAGAAGGUGCUAUCAUACAUGAAGCCUAAUAGCAUACUUGGGCUUUCUCAUGGUUUCCUGUUAGGCCAUUUGCAGUCAUUUGGCCUUGAUUUCCCAAAAAACAUAAGCGUCGUAGCUGUGUGUCCCAAAGGAAUGGGUCCAUCAGUGAGGCGCCUGUAUGUGCAAGGUAAGGAAGUCAAUGGCGCAGGCAUUAAUGCAAGUUUUGCCGUCCAUCAGGAUGUUGAUGGUAGAGCAACAGAUGUUGCUCUUGGUUGGUCAGUUGCUCUCGGUUCUCCAUUUACAUUUGCCACUACACUGGAACAGGAGUACAAGAGUGACAUAUUCGGAGAACGAGGGAUUUUGCUUGGGGCUGUUCACGGUAUUGUGGAAUCCUUGUUUAGAAGGUAUACUGAGAAUGGGAUGAGUGAAGACUUGGCUUAUAAGAAUACUGUAGAAGGCAUAACAGGGAUUAUAUCGAAGACAAUAUCUUCGAAGGGCAUGUUGGCAGUCUACAAUUCAUUGUCAGAAGAUGAGAAAAAAGAGUUUGAGGUUGCAUAUAGUGCCUCAUAUUAUCCAUGCAUGGAAAUCUUAUAUGAGUGCUAUGAAGAUGUAGCCAGUGGUAAUGAGAUCAGGAGUGUAGUAUUGGCCGGACGUCGUUUCUAUGAGAAAGAAGGCCUACCCGCUUUUCCAAUGGGAAAUAUUGAUCAAACACGGAUGUGGAAAGUAGGUGAGCGGGUCCGUGCAUCACGGCCAAAGGGUGAUUUAGGCCCACUAUAUCCAUUCACUGCUGGUGUCUAUGUGGCUCUAAUGAUGGCUCAGAUUGAAAUCCUGAGAAAAAAAGGGCACUCGUAUUCCGAGAUCAUAAACGAGAGUCUGAUCGAGUCAGUAGAUUCUCUAAAUCCAUUCAUGCAUGCUCGUGGACUUUCCUUCAUGGUGGAUAAUUGCUCAACGACAGCACGACUGGGUUCAAGAAAGUGGGCUCCACGCUUUGACUACAUUCUCACCCAGCAAGCCUUGGUAGCAGUUGACAACGGUGCUCCUAUCAACCAGGAUCUCAUUAGUAACUUCAUGUCAGAUCCAGUGCAUGGAGCAGUUGAAGUCUGUGCCCAGUUGAGACCAUCAGUGGACAUUUCAGUGCCUGCAGACGCUGAUUUUGUUCGUCCAGAGCUCCGCCAAUCUAGCAACUAAAUAUUGUUCGCACUUACAAAUAAAAUGGGAGUGUUGGAUUAGGAGGCUUAUAAGUAAUAGAGCAUUGUAUCUUAUUGUCGUCUGCUUGUAUGCAGGAUGUUGUUCUAAUAUGUAUUGUUCUCAGUAUGAGGGAGAAGUUUAUGUUUGUGAUUUUGUCGGGAUGGUAACUCUUUAAAAAUGCGUAUUCUGAUUUCGUUUAGUCAA